AGAAGCGAGAAGAGAACCGUGGGGGACGAACGAGCUGCGGGGGAGGCAACUCCCAGCGUAGCAUAAAGGUGACUCCUCGCGGCCAAGACUUCCCAUAUGCCACUUAGCAUCUCGUUCGGUUCGGCAAAAUCUUCUUUGCGCGCGGUCUCCACUAUUCUCCUUCUUUAUCUCUCUUCAUCUUCCGAUAAGGACACUCGAGACAAAGAACUCGUAAUCUUCCUCGAUCGCAAUGAGUGAGUAAACCAAUACACGCGACAGUGCUGACUGACUUUCACGGGGUUGGAAAGUGGACCGACGUGCAAUCCGGGGAAACCAAAGUCGCCGUAAUCGUGGGUGGACAACUGUCCUUUUUCCCAUCGCGAUAACACGUGAAUCCAUGACAGUGAUGACGAGAGGCGCGUCGUGCCGCUUCCUAGUGCGGCUGCUCUCGUUGUCGUUGCUCUUGUUAGACGUUAACGCGUACCCGAAGUCAGACCUCCGGACCGACGAGGACAGGGAUGACGGAAUCAAGCAAGAACUCGAAGGACUGUCGUGGCCCUUCGUUCAGUCGACAAACGAGAACAACCUGGCGCCCCGACGAGAGGAGGCUCUGCAGAAGAUACAAGAGACCCUCGGUAUUCGGAGUCAGAACGAGGACCUGGCCCACCGUAAGGUACCGCCGCAAUUCAUGAUGGAGCUCUACAACACGAUCGCCGAUCCCAGCGGGAUCACGCGAGGCCGGAAUCCCUACAACGCCCGGGUCGUCCGCAGCUUCGUCGAGAGGGGUAAUUCUUUCAAUCCAUCCCUGUCGCGCUUCUACUUCUUCAAUAUCUCGGUGCUGGAGACGAGCGAGUCGGUGCUGGAGGCCGAGCUGCAUCUCUAUCGGAAGAAAACGCCGCCAAGGAACGCACGUUCACUGACGACGGCUGGGUCGCCCUAUUAUCUGAUAAGGGUAUACCAAGUCCUGGACGACUGCAGCCUCGAUCUGCCGGACCUUCACAGAUUGCUGAGCGUCCGUUACGUCGGCGCGCACGCCUCCGGUUGGCAGAUAUUCAACGUGAAACAAGCCGUUCUUGGUUGGAUGAGCGGCGAGCCGAACCUGGGCCUCCUGGUGACGGCUCAGAAUCUAUUCGAGAACGAGGUGCCGGUGGAGUUCUCUCGUCGAAGCGAUUACCACCACAGCAGGCAGCCGAUACUGGUGCUCUUCGACGAUGACAGCAACGGUCGGACCAGCGGAAGACCGGUAGUCGCGCCGCGAUAUUACGAAUACGGAAGCCAGGACGACUACAACGACAGCAAGGACGGUCGUGGAAAGGGUUCGGCGCACGAGAAGGACGCGAAGGAAAACGAGAAGACCGAUCUGGAGGACAACGGCGCCGAGCGCUACGGAAGGCGCAAGAGACAGCGGGAAGUCGGCGGCGAUCAGCCCGAGGAAGUCGCGUUGGUGAGCAGGCGCGAGUCGGAAUUCUUCCAGCGGCAGAAGAGAGGACGCGGAUCGCAAGGGGAGGAAGAGGAGGAAGACAAGGCUCCUCGUUACGGCGAGCCUCUGGAAGCGACGAGACGCCGGCGUCGCGACGCAACGUCCAACACCCGGGGACGCACCACCACCAGCGACGGUAUCGUGUCGAAGAAUCGCUCGCGGAUCACGCGGAUCCUCACGUCGAUGGACAUCUACGAGAGAGCGGCGUUUCGCGAGCGACUAGGACAGGUGGCGCGAAACAGAUCGGCGAACAUGGGGUCGUCGCGGCGUCAUCGACCGGCGCGAUCGACGGGCAACGGCCACCAGAGCAACAACCACCCGACGGGGAACGCGACCGAUGAGUGCACGAAGCACGAGCUCUACGUGGACUUCCACGACAUCGGGCUGUCGUCCUCGAUAAUCGCGCCGGUCGGCUACUCCGCGUACCAGUGCAAAGGCGUGUGCGAGCCACCCCUCAGCCAGGAGCAGCGGCCGACGAAUCACGCGACGAUCCAGGCGAUCGUGCACAAGAUGGCAAAGGACGUUGAGAGGCCGUGCUGCGUGCCGACGAAGCUCCUCGGCACCAGCAUCCUCUUCUACGAUGACAACGAGAAUGUCGUGCUCAAGAUGUACGAGGACAUGAUCGCGGACCGUUGCGGAUGUCGUUAAGAUCAGGGAAAAAGAAGGGGAUGAAAAGAAAUGGAAACCUGAUUGCGACACGCUGCGAGGAAAGACGCGGCGUCGACCGUGAAGAGGUAAAUGUAGAGAAAUCCUGCUAGGUGUCUGCAUUCGUGAUCGAUUAAUUCUUUUGUGCUGUAAUAAAAGAAGAAAAAAGUUACUGGCCCGAUCACGGGUGUCUCGCUUUAGAUCACUUUAAAGUGGUUCAAAGAAUCCCCAACUCAUGAACGUACAUUUUAGUUUUUCUCGUCGAAUAUCUGUAUUUUUUUUUUGUACUUGGAAAAGAAUAUAAUGUAGUAUAAUUUAAUUGCCUUCGAAAUUUCGGAAUCUCCGUAAAUAGAAAUCAAUACCUGUGAUCUUGAGGAUUAAAAAAGAAAUGGAAAUUAUUCGCACGAAUUGUAAUGCGCGAGAGAUGGAGAUUAAUGUUGUUACGUUUCCGCGAUUGGAAACUAGAGUAACAAAUUGAUCGUUAGUUCGUUUUCGUUCGCAGCUAAAGGGUCACGCGAUAAUAAACGUUCUCGUUGUAAAUAGUGGACCGAUAGUCUUUUGAUUGUUCAAUCGUUGAAGGGUUGCGGUGCGCACGGCGGCCUGAUCUUUUUUUUUACUAACUCCUGCAUAAUUACGACUUCUGAUGGAUUAACGGAGAACUCUAUUAGCGCUGUUAUCCUCGGAAAUUCAACUCUCUCAAUCGGAAUCAGUGAACGAUGUUAAGUGUAGCGCUUAUUCCAGUGCUAUAUGUAUAAUUGAAUUAUUUGGUAAUAUAGAACUGUCUUUUAGUGAUAAUACACCUCCUUAUGUUUUUCGAACGGAAUCACUGAAAGACAGUGAACAGUCACUGAUGAUCGCGGUUACACGCAUGAAUAACACACUGAUUCCAAUUUAGAGGGAACGUGACGAUUCUGCAAUCGUCUAUGCGCAGCUACUACGUACAUAAGAACAUUCCCAAGUGCGCGCGUAGCAUAUAGUAGUACAUAUAGAAUAUAAUGUAUAUGAUGAUAAAACGAUCGUGUAUUAGUGUACCGCUAGGUCGUAGCGCCGUUAAAUUAUUGCUACAAUCGUAAACGAUAGGAUUAGACGAUGCUCAGCUGUGCGUGUACAUAUAAAAUAUAAACGGCGACGCGCAUCUCGCGCCGAAUUUAUUUAUAGUCAAGCGAGAGGGAAAAAAAGAAGGAAUAAAUGAUAUACUCGAAGCAA